AUGUCGAACGAUUACAGUGAAGACGAGGAAGCGCGUUACGAUCGCAGAUUACGAAGACUCACCGACAGAGCUUUGCAAAUCCACAGAUAUUUCGUACGCAAGCAACUGAUCGUUAACGAUGAAGGAAUUCAACUGAGACCAGAGUCACCAAAACUUUUGGUAGUUCAAGGGACGGGCAGUCAAUUUUUGGAUGAACUUAUCACUGAUCAUAUCAAUAAAUGUCCGGAUGGCACGAAAGGUUUUCGCAAACAUAUGGGCGAUCGGUGUUACAUGGAUGUGGAUGAUCUCGGAAAGAUGAUCGACCAGCUGGAAAACGAAGGAAAAUAUACCGGUUGUCCAAAGGAUGAAGAGGGUAGAGAGAAAUUCAUUUUGAAUACGAUAACAAACGUGUCGCAUCAAAUCAAAGCAUUCUGGCAAGACGUUAUUCGCGAGAAUAUCGAUGAAGAUGAACAGUUUUGUAAAACCAGUGCGGAGGCGAAUGAAGCUGCUGGGGUGGUUGGAAACUCUGAAGGAGAAGUGGAAGCAGGGCCGUCUCCUCCGCAAAAGUUUUCAUGGCAACAAACCUCUGUGCAACUACAAGAAGCCGUCACAAGUGGUUCGUUAUUGGUGAAUGAAAGUGCCACUGAUGACGGCAAAAACAUCGAGACAAUAUCAAUCCAUUCAUCGAACGGCAACGACAGUGAUGAGGAAAGUGUAGUGUCGGUGGAGGACAACGAUGAGGAGGAGAAUAACGACAGUUUUGCUUGUACGAAAAUUGAAGAAGAAGAAGAAGCGUUGGAUGCGAGUGAUAGGACUGAGACGUUGUCGGAUGGAGACGAGAUUGUGGAGUCGGUGAAGGAAGUGGUUGAUUUGGUGUGCAGUGAUGAUGACGGGUCACUGCUGCAUAAUGGAACUAGCGGUGGGCAUGUGAACGGCUCUGCAAAUCAGGAUGGAAACGAUAUUCCGGAUGAUCCGGACGAUAGUGGUGAUUCGUGUGUUAUUUUGGAUGAUUGA